CGUGUGCUCUGUGCAGUAACAGCAAUUGUACACACUGCAGCUUGCGGUAGCUCCUCCCGGCCGGCAGGUGGCGGUGCUGCCGCAGCAGCAGAGCGGGUGUCAUACGGAGAACAGGAGGAUAGGGGAAGUGAGGAGAAGGAUGAGGGUUGCUGGAGACAGAUGAGCCUGGAGGACUCUUGUGGGUCGGUAUACCCCCUCUCCCUACACCCAUCGGGCAGGCACAGGCAAGAUCCACGCUUGCGAAGAACGAAAUGGUGCGAUCAUGCUCUGCUGCUAACUGUGUUAACCGCCAGACAGUGCUGACCAAACGCAAGGGAAUAACGUUCCACCGAUUUCCAAAAGAAGAGUCUCGGAGAACGCUGUGGGUGAAUGCUGUGGCUCAUUCUCAUGAGACUGUCGGCAGCGACUGGACCCCUUCCAUCCACAGCUCUCUCUGCUCACAGCACUUCCACGACAAACAGUUUGACCGAACUGGACAGACGGUGCGGCUGAGGGACUCUGCUGUCCCUGUCGUUUUCAGUACAUUCAGUUGCCAAAAGAUGCCUCGUCACUGCUCUGCCCUCGGCUGCACCACUCGCGACUCCCGACUGACCAGAGACAACAACAUCUCCUUCCACAGGCUCCCAAGAAAAGACGACCCUCGUAGAAGCCUCUGGAUUGCAAACUGCAAAAGAACAGACCCCAGUGGUAAUGGGCUUUGGGACCCUUCAUCCGACUACGUGUAUUUCUGCUCCAAGCACUUUGAGAAGAGCUGUUUUGAAGUGGUUGGAACUAGUGGUUACCACCGUCUAAAAGAGGACGCCAUACCCACAAUAUUUAUGUUUUCAACAAAACUGCGGAGAACAUCCAAAGUCAAGACCCAAAAAAAGAAAAAUGCAAAGACUACAAAAACAAAAGGAAAAAGGAAAAAGGACUUUCUAACAAGCGAUAAUACUGCCCGAUCGGAGAGCACCAAUCCUUCUGACAACUUGUGUUUCGACAGCAGAAGGUACGACAGUGUACCCACACAAGAUCUGGUUAACUUUCACGGACUGUGCCCUGAAAACAUUGAUAUUCCAGGUGAUUCUGCUCCAGCUGAAGGGGCCUUGGCAACCACCGUUGACCACCAGAUACAUCCAGAGACCACACUGGAAGAUAUGGAGGUUGCAUCGGUGAUAAAUGGGCGCCUCUCAGACUUAGAAUUGUCUCAUGUACGGGAGGAGAUGUCCUCUGGGAUGUCUCUGAAUACAGAACCUACUGGCCCCGCAGGAGAGGUGCAUGAAACUCCCCGGCCAGUCUCUCCUUCAACAUACAUGAUGCGUAUCCCGCAGCCACCUGGAGCCUAUAUUCAAAAUGAACACAGUUACCAUGUUGGUAACGCGCUCCUGUGGAAGCGAAGGGCAGAGUCGGCGCUGGAGGCUCUGGCCAAGGUUCAGCGGCAGCUGGAGGCUUGCAGGCGGCGGGAACAACGUCUCCGUCUCCGAAUCUCUGCUUUGCAGCAAGAACACAUGCGGGAGAGACGGGCGCAAACAGAUGUCAGAGAGAAACUGAAGGAGCAUCUUCAAGUGUUUGAACUUCAGCUCAUUAAUGACUUUGUAUAAUUAUCCAGAGUGUCUACCAACAGAGAGGGUGAUGCAAAGACUGACUUUAUAUCCGCUCCAUGUUUGGGUCCCCAGCUAACAAUGUUCUGCUACACCUUCCUACCUGCAGAGAUGGGGUUGUUCCUGGUCUUCAGUUUGCAGGACAUCUUUGUAAUUGUUUAAUUUUUUUUAUUUUCAUUUUGUUUUUGAAAGCCUGUCUUGUUGCAUAAUUAAAGCUUGUAUUAAGUGUAGUAUAAAAUACCUACUAUGUU